UUUCCCUUGUUUUUUUUUCUGGUGUAGUCGAGGACAGUUCCAUCACUGGUGCUUCCAAGUAAAAAUCAAAGCUGCAGCCAACGUCAAUUACGUUACAGACGAGAUGAUGCAUGCUUGCGGUGGUGUUGGUUACAAGAAAGAACUGGGUAUUGAACGUCUUUUACGUGAUGGCAAAGCAGGAUGGAUGAUGGGAGCUAGCAAUGAGGUGCUGAGACAGCUAGUUGGAAAAACCAGCCUCUUAGGCCUUGGUGCAGUGGACUUAUGGUUGAAGAUUCCUGACAGACGCGUUCUUAAUUCCGAGAUUAGGAAGUUGAGCGGUGAGGCGAAGAGAGACCUUGCACGUAAACUUCUCAUUGAAGCAGACAAUGAUGACGCAGCUUUAAAUCACAAUAGUAAACUCCAAGACUCUUACCAGGAUUCAGAGUUUGAAAACCCGUUCAACACCAAGCCUCCCGCAGUGUUGAAGCCCCUGGAUACACCUGACGGAGUUGCGCAUGAGCCAUGCCUCAGACCAGACAGAUUCACUGCUUUGAAACUGCUGUCUGUUAAGUCUUUUGGGGAGAUGAUUGCCGAAUAUACCUUUUCCUUGCCCCAGCCCACUGACUGUACAGGAUGCUUCCCUGGCCAGUACGUCCGAGUGAGGAUUGGGAAGAAUGAGAGGUUUUUCUCGCCUGUGUCACGCACUAAAGAGUUUGGCAAAAUUUCGCUGUUGCUCAAGCAUGAGACACAUGGAGUGUUCUCGAAUUCCAUCCGCUCUCUUCAAUUGGGCGAAACAGUAGAUUUCUGUGGACCUUGUGGGGGAUACGAAUACCAGUCCAACUCUACCAAAUACUUAACUCUGUUAGUGGGUGGCAUGUCAUGUCAGCCCGCAGUGCAGAUUGUGCGUGAAAUAAUGGCCAACCCAAAGGACCACACCAUCGUGUCUCUUCUCCUCUGCGCUGCCAAGCCAGCUGAUAUUCCUUAUCGCCAAGAAUUACAGAAGUAUACCUUGCUUGACAAGCGUGUGAAAACUUCAUUUACCGUGUGCGAGGUCGACUGCGAUGACUGGGAGGGAGGAGAGGGUUAUAUUGAUGCCAAUCUUUUAUCCAAUGCACUGCCCUCCCCAGAAGAGUCCAGUCAUCGAGUGCUCGUGAGCGGGGGCCCUCGUCUAGUCAUGGGAGUGCUCCAGGGGCUCAGAGUGUUGGGGUACUCAAGUGAGAAGAUCUUCGUGUACGGUCAGUUUGGGGUCCAACAGAUCAGAGCUGUUUAUGGAAAAUACGCGAAACUUGCACAGCACAGGGAGAAUCAUAUCAUCAAUGGAUACUGUUAAAGACUCUUGAUUCUACUCGAGCUUGCAAUCCUCUUUUACACUAAUUUUUUUACAGUUAAUAUUAGGAACAGAUUGCUUAACAAGAUGAUAUCACUGAAUGUUAAUGUCUGGUCUGAGAAUCAAAUAGUACGUCAAGAAAUUACACCCUAGCUCAGAGUGUUGCUUAUUCUCAUCACCACCUAUUUGGCACAAUUUGUUUAUAGAAAAGAGAAAUCGUACUUUGAUACCUCGACGGAAAGAAAACCUGUAACUUUAAUCAGAACAGAGUG